GACUUGAUUUAUCAGGAAAUUGACUACAAUAUAGAAGUUAGUAUAGUUCCAUGGUUAGACUAGCAAUUGGAUAAAGCAACCUGAAAUUCAGAUCUACAAACAAAAUGUCAGAACACAGCGUAGACGAAAAAGAGAAACCAAUGCUCUACUGCGUGAAUGACGUCAUGAACAAUACAGAGAACAUUUCUGAAACAGACGGCUCCUUCCAUAGUUUGGCCAAGGUCUUGGGAGUACCAAGAAGUGAAGCAGGCCCCAACGAUCACUUCAUCCUCUUCAAGACUCUUUCCGUCGGCAAGUUUGGAGCGACGUACCUUGGGCAUGACAAGGCGACCAACGCAAUCAGAACAUUCAAGUUGUUUCGACCUAUAUGCAUCUGCGGCCACAGCAAAGCUGCCAAAAUGGAGAAGAGGAUACUGACCCUGCGAAUUAGGCCCACCAUGAUCCCUCAGCUAUUUAUGUCUUUCUCCUUUGAGUUUCAGAACUGUUUGGUGUUGGAAAGUUUCUCCGGCAAGACCCUCCAAGAUAAGCUCAGGUUUGCUCGCAGGUUGCCCGAACUGGCCAUUAGGUUCUACAUGAAUGAGAUCGUCUUCGUGAUCUCUUUCUUACACAGCAAACAGGUCAUCCACAGGAAUUUAAAUUUGGAUUCUUUCUGGGUGAUGGACAGUGGUCAUCUGAAGCUAAUGGACUUCACCAUGUGUGUGCCGUUUAACUCAGUCUUCAAGCGACUAAGUUGGACCAACCAUCCAAACCAUUUUACUGCGCCAGAGAUUAUUAAAGGAGGUUUUAUCACAAAGAUGGUGGAUAUCUGGGCCAUGGGUGUUAUUAUGUAUAGAAUGACUACUGGCAAGAUGCCGUUUCUGACCACAAACAGGAAAGACUUCAAGCAUGCCAUCCGUUUCUCAUCAGUGAAUUUCAGUCACCAUUUUACAACAGAUGCUCAACAUUUCUGUGCUGGGUUGAUGGCCAAGUUGCCUCAGCACAGAAUAGGCUACCACUCAACAACGUUCGCAGCCAUGGAAGCCCAUGAGUACUUCGCCCACACCAACUGGGACAAGGUGCUGCUCGGGGUCGCAGACGUGCCGUACAUACCGAUUUUAUUCAACAAUGAGAUGACCGUGCUAGAAUGUGAUCUGAACUUACUGUCAGGCAUUAGAUACAAGCUCAGGAAGAAACCACUGCGUUUUAAUGAAAUCACCUCCAAAAAAGGUCAUGAAAUUUUCAGUGAUGCCAACCUAUUAGAACUCCACAGAAGGAAGAUUGCCAAAGACAUCAAGAGGCAGAAACACAAACAGCCCCCACAAGACUUCAGUUACUUGAAGGUCGCCAAUGAAGACUUUUUAUGGGGUAAGGAUUCUCACCCGUUGGACCAGAGGGACUUUGUUAACAUCAGCAAGACGAUAGCACAGGCCAUAGAAGCCGUUGACACCAGUCAUCCAGACAACCAUACCCAUGAGACUGCCAAUGAGAAGAAGACAGCAAUUCAACAGAUAAAAGACACAUUGGAUAAUUACACUCCCGACUUGAGAAGGAUGUCAACAUUGAUAGAGUAGUUGGUGACACUCAAGUCUCGGGCCUUAAUUCCAGGAGUUCAAGAGUUUCCAUUUCUGUAUAUUUCGCGUCACAUGCAAGCAUUUUCACAAAUAAAUCAUUGGUU